AUGACAUCGCCCUCAUCGGUCGGUACCCGCUUUGAAGAUCAUGAUCCGGAUUGGCAGUAUGGCCCUCGCGCCAAAAGACGCAAGCGUGCCUCGACAGUGGGCACAUCGAGGCCGUCGCCGCGUGAGAUUGGCUUCAUGAGAGAGUCUCAAAAUGACGGAUCCGCCAGCUUUCUUGGGAGCUCAAGUGGUAUUCACUUCAUUCGCCAUGUCUAUAAUGCAUUUGCUCGUCGCUCAGCAGAUCUUCAGCAGACCAGAGCGCGAGACAAGAGCUCAGUACCGGGAGAGGAUGAUCGCUUACAGCGAGGCACUCUAGACACCGAUAUUCUAUGGUCAACAGAUGAACUGAAUUUGUCGCAAAACCCAACAUAUACAUUUGAAGAUCUGGUCAAUUGGACCCGGCACUACUUUGAGAAUUGGCAUCCAAUCUUCCCAUGUCUUCACGCCCCAACGGUGCUCAGAGCUAUGGAAAAGCUCAGCCAACACGGCCCAUCUGCGAUCAAUCGACUAGAUAUGACUAUUAUUCGCUCGAUUAUAUCAAUUUCCCUCGAAGAUAGCCGGCAAAUUGAAACCCCGGCAUCGAAACUGGGCCCAGUGCCUGUAUCAUUGGUUUUCUCAACUGUACAACAUGUUAUGCAAGAUAUUCAAAGUAUUUUUGCGGAGCCCACAACCCUUCCCCUGCUCCAGUCUGCAUUUUUGGCUCAACUUGCACUAACGUCGUUACUGCGUCUGAAUGCUGCGUCUCGAGUGGGUGGAGUCAUCACUCGAACUGCCUUCCACCUCGGAUUGCAUCGCUGCCCUGGCCGUUUCUCCGUUUUCACCAGUGAAGAGGUGGACAUUCGAAGGCGGCUGUUCUGGUCUAUUUACUGCUUAGAACGAUACCUGUCACAGGCACUAGGGAUUCCAUUGGGCAUCCGCGACGAUGAUAUCGAUGUAUGCUACCCGGGUGAUGAACAGCAUGUUACAGCUACCGCAGCAUCCACGCCACCCGAUGACCAUCGGUUGCGUCUACUGUCUCAUCUCGCGAAGUUUGCUCGGAUCCGGGGAUUGAUUUUAGAAUUGCGCAACAAGUCUAUUCUCCAUAGUCACGCCGGUACUGUCGAGGCAUCACAUGUUAACGGCGAGCUGUCCCAGUGGUGGAACGAAGUUUACGAUGAUGUGAAUAUCAUCGAGGAGGAGCAUACGGAGCCGGGGCAGAAUCCGAAUUUGAGUCCCUACCAUCGCUUAUUGCUCUUGAUCUUGAGACACGAAGCUAUCAUCUCGAUGAAUCGACCACUACUCGCUGCCGAGAAGCCCAGUUCAGAAUACAAAAACGCUUUGCAAACCUGCAUUGCUUCCUCGCGGACACUACUAGCAGCUCUGAAGAAAUACAUGUCUUCUUCAUCUGAUGCGCCCCUCACAUGGCCGUCCUUUACAUGGACAACCUGGAUGGCGUGUUUAAUAUUGAUGUAUGCAUCGUGGGAGGGUGAGCUUGCCACAAGCACAGCAUUGAAAUAUGCUAGGAUGGGAGUCAAUAUCUUGGAAAAUCUGGCUUUGCGCGGGAGUAGCUGGCCCGAGACUUGCAUUGAAGCGAUUAAAGGGAUGGAGUCAGCCUUGACCAAUACAGAUACCUCCGGGCUGGACGUUCCGGGUCAUGUUUCUCACCAAGCCCAGACCGACGACAGAUAUCGCUCCAACCCUCGGUCUUCCCAACGUGAUCGAGGUCCUACAGGCAGGCAGCAAGGCGACCCUUCCACCUCGGGGACGCAGCAUUCGGAUCCGUCAUUCGGCUCCUCUGCAGUCCAGGCCGUCGACACCGGCGACACUUCGAUUCUUUCUUCAUAUGAUGCACAAGGCCAAGCCGAUAUCUCAGCGGACGGUAUUUACGCGGCCGGGCAAUCAGCGGGUCUCAUUUUUGGAAAUGCGGCCAAUGCAAACGCCCCCUUUUAUCCUGGCAUCACAGGACAGGAUUGUUUACCCUUUCUGGAUCCAUCAUCCCUGUUUAUGAAUGAUAUAUGGAAUGUGGCUGAUGGGCCUUGGAUGUUCCAUGGGGAUCUGCUAUAG